AUGUUUUUAGUGGAUGUAGCUGUGGAAGCGGUAUUAGGAAAGUUGCUAACUGCUGUGACGGAAGUGAAGUUGAAAUCAGAAAAGUAUGAAGAAAUCCUGCAACGUGUCGAAACCAGGAUUAGCUUGAUAAAGCCAAGUUAUCAAAGGAUCCAAGAGCUAAACAACGACAUAGCUGGGGGAAAUACUGAAAUAAAGAAAUUGUGGAAGCAAAUACAGGAUGGGGAGCAGCUUGUUCGUAAAUGCUCAUCAGAAAAAAAAUGUUGCAGUUGCUUCAGUAAGCCUCGUAAUUAUAUGAAUGAUCUCAUCGACUUGGAUAACUCGCUUAGCAGGUUCUAUGAGAUUGCUAUGAUUGAGACUAUAAUAGGGGUGAAAAAAAAUCAAGAACAUGUGAAAGACAUCCAAAAAGAGGUGACAGACAUCCAAAACCAGGUGAAAGAUAUCCAAAAUAAGGUGAAAGCCAUCGAAAACAUCAGUGACAACGUCAAAGAAAUUGAGAAAAAGGUGAAAGACAUCCAAAACAUCGGUGACCAGGUCAAAGAAAUUGAAGGAAAGGUGAAAGAGAUCGAGGGCAAGGUGAAAGACACUUCUGAAGAUGUCAAAGACAUUAAGGACAAGUUGAAGGGCAUCCAAAUCGACGUCAAAGAAAUUUGUGGCCAUAUAUCCAGCCUUUUGCGCUCGCCAAAUAAGGGAACAUAUAAACCCCAGCUGCCUGUUUCCCCAUAUUCAAAAUCUCCAAUAGCAGAAGAGAAUAGCAUUUCAUCUUCGCGUCCAAGCAUUCUUGAUCCGCCAGAGGUAAGAGACAACCACAAGCAGAGGUUACGCCCUGAUGAUAAUAAGAAGGUUGAACCAUUGAAUCCGUCAAAGAAUGUUGACACAGUGAUUACAACUUCACAUCCGUUGGUGCCUCCUGAUUCACUGAAGGUAAAAGAUAUUUAUGACGAGGUGAAAGACACUGGUAAAAAGCUUGAGCCCAUAAAUCCAAUUAAGAAGACAGAUAACAUGUCUACAGCGUCCAUAUCCUUGUCUCCACAUGUACCUCUAGAACCACAAAGUGUCAAAGAUAUUGAUAAUGCAGAGGUGACCAUGAAAGAGGCUCGGAAAAAACCUGAGCCCUUAAAUGCAACCAAGAAGAAGUACACAGUAUCUGCAUCUUUGCCCCCAAACCUGCCUGGUGAGCCAAUGAAGGUCAGAGAUAUUCCAAAAGCACAGGAUCACGUUAAGGAAAAAAUACCAAUCGAGAAAGAUGAGAAUGUUGAGGACUAA